AUGGAUCUGCGUACCAUGUUAAACGAUCCGAAUGGGGACGCGUCGAAAAAUCAGCAACCACCACCUCCGUCCCAUCAGCACCCACCCCCAUCAUCAUCAUCGACAUCUGCGACGCCGACGCCGACUUCAGCUACUCCUGCGACUCCAGUCCACGCCGGCCUUCCUCCUCAAUCCUUUAGAGACUAUCCCCAUCCGAUGCACGCCUCUCCCGUGCCGCAUACCCUCGAGUACUCCUCCCCUACCGCGCCUCCCCUGUCCUCCUCCGCGCAUCCAGGCUCUGCUGCCGCUCUGUACUCGUCGCCGACCUCGUAUAACCCACCCGCCAACGCGUUCGCAGGCAGACCCCCUGUUCCUCCACUCCAGCCUCCGGGUCCACAUGACAUACGAUCCCCAAGAAGCGCGUCCAUAUCGGGGCCGUCCUCUUACCGACACACACCGACCUCAUCCGCCAGCACCGCUAGUGGAGGUUACCCAUUUCCCCCAACUCAGCCGCCUGUGAGCCCCGUGCAGCGGCAUCAGUACGGCCCACCUAGCGCUGGUACGGGCACGGGAUCAUACUCUCGCGACAGCUUCGCCGUGCAACACCCACCCUCUGGCGCUCCAGUUGCACCUUCUCGCAACCCCGUUUCCUACGUGCAGGGUCAACCACCGGCCCAGCCGCCGCCGCAGACACCGCCGGUUGGAACGCCGGGCGGUGGUCACCAAUAUCCCCCCCACCAGAGGUCACUCUCCAUCCAGUCGACACCGACGCCUACGUCUGCUCAUAGUCAACCAGGCUCGUAUGGGCCUCCUCCGUACAGCCAAGGCAGCCCGAUUGCGACGACACACAGCCAAGUAUCCCAGGUUGACCAUCUUCAACUCCAUCUUCAACUUCAGCACCAACACCAACGUCAAUCUUCGCAGCCUCCGACGCCUCUCGGGCCGCCGAUACCAGUACCCGCGCGGCAAUCCCCGGCCCUGAGCUACCAGCAACCACCAAGCCCGUACCAAAAGCGAACCACCCCAUAUCCUCCGCAUCCUACGCAGACGUCACCUCCGCCACCGGCCCCGGCCUCCAUUCCGCGCUUAUCCAGUAGCAGCAGUCACGGUCCCUACGACACGGUAACCGAAUCGCACCGCAGGUCACGGUCCCGGAGCGGCCGCGAAAGAAGUGUGAGUGUCUCACCAAAAACACGUGUUCCCAGCCUGCCCAGCAGCACUGGUCAUCGCCCUCUUUCCUCCGGGGGUGACGCAGAUCCCCACCAUUCACAACAUAGUAUCCCACAAGCUCCUAUCGCUAUUAGUACGAUGGAGCCCCAACGUGCCUCCAUUCCAUCGAAGCGGAAACUAGAUCAGGACGAGGCGGAGAACGAGCAAAGAGUUCCCCCCCCUCCUCAGUUGAACGGAAAUCACAUGGUACCUCGGCAGAAGCGCGUCAAACACGACUCACCUCCCGUAUGGGCUCAGAGUGGCAGACGUCGACCGUUGGUGACAAGUCGAAAUUUCUCGUUGAGGCACCAUAGUCGCCAACCUAACGCCGGCGGUCUCGUCAACGGAAACAGCCGUCACGACGGAAGUGGAGCUCCCAGGUCGGAGCAUGCCUCUAGACACACUUCGCCCGAAGCUACGAGGUCCGUAGGUAGUGUUAAGCCAGAGGAGCCAAGUCACGCAAGUACCAAGGAGCUUCCGACCUUCAACGGCCAACCAUUCCCGUGGGAACCCAGCAUCGGAAAUGAAAUCCCGAAGAACAUCGUUUCCCGUGAAGUCGCCGAUUUCUUGGGUAUGAACGUCUUGCAAUUUCCUCAGUUUGCCGAAGUGCAAAGCCGAGGCGUACAGUUCGAGAUCGAGGCUAGACUGGGCAUAAUCAUUGACAAGAUGACAAACGAUCGCAUCAAUAUGCCGUCGAUCAGAGCUGGCGAGUGUGUACUGGGGCCUAAUGCCAGAGUCCAGUUUCGCAGUUCCAUGACCGAGAGCCAACACUGUGAACUUAAUGGUUUUUUGAACGAACAAGUCAGGGCUUCAUUCCCUCGCAACCCUACGGCCAUUUCCCGUGUACAGGUGCAAUAUGUCCACCGCCGAGAGGUUGACCGAUUUUUCGAACUCCCGUCCCAAAUGCGUCAGCGGAUACCAGUCUGUGUCUCCGGUCUACUACAGCAGAGCUCGCCCCUAAAGGCACGAGUAACAUAUGACCAGAAAACUGGAAAAAUCCUGGCUAAGAUUAUCAAGGCGCGAAUUGGCAAUCUUAACAUACACUUCCCCCAUUUGCCUCUAGAUUGCCGCAUCGGCAUCAACCUUGAAUGGGAUUGGGACGGGCCGGCAGAGGAAAUCGAGCUUAACCAGAUACCCAACAAGGAGCGCCCCCCCGACCGUAUCAAAGAUCGGCUUAGCUACGCCCACGGUCUAUAUCAAAUCGACUUGACGCAGGUGACACAGGGCCACCCUACUAAAGGAAACCAGGGACCGCUGCCACAAGCAGGCACCACAAAGGAGCACGAACUCGAGAUAGAAUUAGAGGCACGCUCUCUAAUUGAGCACGGUCGUCUACUCAUCGAGGACAAGCCGAAUAGAUACGAAGACCUAGUCGACGGCCUCGUCAAUAACGUGCGCCUGCUUGCCAGACGCUGCCCCGAGCCGCAUAUCUAA